UACACUGCUUGUUCGAGCUCUGUGUGAAAAGAAAGCCAAAAUUUUCGGCUGCUCCGCGAAGACAAGUUUUAUUUUUUUUUUUGCAAUUUUCAAGUUAUUUAAUGAAAAUUCAUCAAUUUCAACAAUAUAAAUUAUAAAUUUAUUUAUUUAAUCAUGUGAAUCAUAAAUUUCUUUAUUCAUAAAGUUAUAAAUAUAGCAGUGUCUGUCUUAAUCCGCCGAAUGAGAAUAACAUUUGCAAUAAAGUUAAUGUUUUCUUUUGGAAAAUAAUAGUAGACGUUCAGAGAUCCAGAUCGGAGAAGAAGAAGAAUCGAGAAAGAAAAAAAAAAGAAAAACCUUCAUCAAAAAUCAUGGGUAAACGUUUAGCUCCCGAACAACAAGCUGCUGCCGCUGCUGGUAGCAGCAUCAGGAAACGCAAACGAGUUUGCAAUGACUUUCAGCAGCCAGAUACUAAGAAUGAUCGACAAAAGUGGGAUGAGCAGGAGACGACGACGACAUCGUCGUCACCCAAAUCUCCGCCGCCGCCAGAAACUAAGACUAAACAAUUGGCUAUUUUGAAUGCAUCAUUGGAUGAUAACUCUCCUAAGCCAGUGUAUCAUUUGAGGCCAAGUGUAGUGAAUGGAAUUCUACUUGAGGAUAUAACUGAAAAAAAGUGGAGAAUUGGAAAGCCAAUAGGCAAAGGCAACUUUGGAGAAAUAUUUUUAGCAUCAGAUAAUAUUUCGGUGCCUGUGACAAGCGAUAAUGCUGAGUAUGUUGUUAAAAUUGAACCACACUCCAAUGGCCCUUUGUUUGUAGAAAUUCACUGUCUUCUGAAUGCAGGAAAGAAAAAUGGCGACAAUCCACUGCCACCCGGAAUGCCAGAGUACAUAGCAUCUGGUUCGCACUAUUUCGGAGAUACUCGCUAUCGUUUCCUGGUUAUUAAACGUUUUGAUCGUGACUUGCAUUCGCUAAUCAAGAAUCGACGUAUUACCCAAAAGUCUGUUCUAACAUUAGCUCUUCAAAUCCUAGAUGUUCUCCAGCAUUUACAUGACAAAGGAUAUUGUCAUAAUGAUAUCAAAGCACAAAAUCUAAUGAUAUCAAAUUGCACCUAUCGCAAAAGUCAGUUAAUAUACGGAAGCACUCAUAUCGAUGACGAAAUUAUCGAUAAAGUUGAGAAAAAAGUAAAGACUUCAAGUGGAAGCGAAUUGAGUGACGCCGAUAGUGGUAAUAGCUCGAAUGAUGAGGAAUAUGAAGAGCAGAAAAGUGACGAAGAAGGUAACGAUCAGGAGGAGGAUGAAGAAGACGAAGAUGAUGAUGAUGAUGAAGAAGAGGAAGAACAAGAUAUGUACAAGACACCAGUUAACAAAAGGAAUCGCGCUAAAGCUGUUGUUCAAUAUAGUGGAUCGAAUCCUGUGCGUUCAUGUAGACGAGACAAACGUAACUCAAUUUAUGAGGAAAUGGUAAAGUCACACUAUCUAAGGCCAGCCAAACGAAUCUGUUAUUCUGAGUUCUUCAACGAAGACAAUUCCAAAGAUGCCACAGAUGCAGAAAGCACAUCAAAACGCCAGCAAAUACGAUCUUCUGCCCGCAAAACCGCUUCGGCAAUGAAACAAAAUCGCAAAAGAUUUGUAUCAGAAUCGAGUGAGGAGGAAAACGAAGACGACGAUGAAGAGGUUUCCGAAAAGGGUGCAGCAGACGAUGACGAUGAAAUUAUUACAGAAGAACGCGUGCAUCUAAUCGAUUUUGGUCUAGCAUCGAAGUUUAUCGACAAAGAUGUCCAUCGACCAUUCGUUAUGGAUCAACGUCGAGCACACGAUGGAACUUUGGAAUUCACAUCACGCGAUGCUCAUAUGGGUGCCCAUUCUCGACGCAGCGAUUUAGAGUGCUUAGGAUAUAAUUUAGUAUAUUGGUCACAAGGAUAUCUACCCUGGCGAGAUGCCGCUGCCCAGCAUCAAAACGAAAAAGUCCACUGGGUCAAGGAGUAUCUAAUGAAGGAUGUCAAGGAAAUGAUGAAGCACAUCUAUGGCAAACAAGUUCCUAAGUAUUUGGGCGAUUAUUUGCAAUAUGUAGGACAAUUAGCAUACCACGAACGACCAGACUAUGAUAAAUGCCGUCGUAUUUUUCUACGAGAAUACAUUGCAUUAGGCUAUAAGCCUAAUGAAAUGCGUUUGAGUACCGAAGAGCUCAUCAAAACAUCCGUUAAGGUCAAAGAGGAAAUCGAAAACAAUAAUGUUAUCGAAAUGAAGAACAUUAAGAGUAUUAUGAAGAAUUUAAACGUUAUCAUGCCAUUCCAUGAGAGCACAUUAUCCAAUCGAGUAUCACCGAAGAAUCUGCGUUCGAAAUCUGCCAAGAAAAAGACAUCACGAAAGAAAUUCUCAUGGACUGAGAUUCUUUCGCAGGAUCCCGAUCAAAUAGCCAGAGAUCGGGCUGAAAAAGAGUUUGACCGCGAGCCAAUUGUCGAGACUCCAUUGAUACGAUAUGAAGGCAAACCUACUUAUGCGAUUCUGGAAAUACAAAAUCGACUGAAACUCAAAGAUCGCAUUGCCGCAUACGUAGCCGAAGAUGGUGAUUCUGAUAAUGAUGAUGAGCCGCCUCCUGUCGUACCGACUAAAGCCUAUUCUGUUAAAAAACAACGUAGCUCCGCAUUACCUGUCAUAAAUGAAGUGACAGCAACGCGAGUAGGUACGAGUGUUACCGAAAGUAAUAAUAAGGCUGCUGGCGGUGCAGGAGCGCCGUCCGCCCGGUCUACUCGAACAAAAGCUGGCCUCAAAACGGUAAUCGCAACAACAACAACACCAUCAAUAGCAAAUACAACUAGUACAAAGCGUGGAACAGACACCAACGUUACACAUAAUACAACUAACAACACACCCAUAACUACCGAGAACAAGAGACAACGUCGAACUAGGCGUUGCCUCAUUAAGACUGGAAGCACUGGCGAUUUCACAACAACAGAUGAAUCGUCAUGUAGUAGCAUUAAUUCAAACACCAUCUCCAUCAAUACUAAUAAUCAUCAAACUGCAGUUGUUAAGAUAAAAGGAAUAACAAAACAAACUAUGCCUAGAGUUGUCAAAGGCAGAAGAAGAAAGGCGAAUCGUAGCGAUCGUUGCUCGAGCACCGAUCGCAGUUCAAAUAAUUCUUCCAAUGUAAAUAGCGAAGAUGACACAAGCAAUUUCAGUGAUCAUGCAAAUCUAUUUAGUCCCAAAAAGAAACGUGGCACAGCCAAAAAGCAAAACAAUAAAAUAAUUCAUUCGGCUAAGGAGGUUUCUUCGCCACCGUGUUUAGCGGCCAGCAACGAAGAUGAUGUUGUUGGGGCGAAGAGGCGAAAGCGUAGCAUACCGAAAAAACGAAAAAGCUCUACUAAAGUUAAAUAAGAAAAAAGAAAAAGUUCGAUAUCCUUAGGCCAAGCGGUGUAGUUUUUGAAUGAAUCGCAGUUUAGGAUUAAGCAGAAAAGUAAAAAAAAAGAGAAAGUCUCUUUGGGUUAGGUGUAUUACACAAAUGUAAAUUAUUUUUUUUUUUAAAUGAAACCAUUUUCCUCGCUUGAUUGCUUGCAGACGAUUGCUUGGAUGGCGAGAUGUUAGACGAAAGAGAUUUGCGAACAUUCAAGAAACGGGCUUGCCGGGGAUGAAAUCGAAUUCAAACAUCUACAUAAAAAUAUAUAUUAUAUUCUAUAUAAAAUAUCUUGCUUAUAAUAAAAAAAAAAAAAAAAACAAAA